AUGACAAUCAACCACGUCUUCGUAUACGUUACCGCUCAACGCAUGGCAGCGAUGCGUUCCUUCUAUAGGAGUGUGUUAAAUCCACUAGGCUAUACCGAAAUGAUCCGAGCAUUCGAAGGCAAGACCAUCGGGUACGGGAGCGAUUACCCAUACCUAUGGCUACAGCAAGUCCCAGAAGGUCACAAGCCGUAUCCUGCACAUGUCGCCAUCGAUGCUCCUAACAAUCAGGCGGUGGACGAGUUCCAUAACCUAGGACUAUCGAAUGGUGGUACAGACAAUGGAAAACCCGGUAUUCGAUAUGAAAUGAGCCGCCAGCCAUAUUACGCGGCUUUUGUCCUUGAUCCCGAGGGCAACAAUCUGGAAGCGGUGUGCGUUGACAAAAAGGGCGUCAGGUAG